AUGCCCAACAGAACUUUCGAGGAAUUGACUACAAAACCGAUAUAUCAGGGUAUUACCCCAAAGGAUGGUUAUAUUCUACGUUAUAGGCACAAGAACUAUGUCUUUAACGGGUCAAUUGGAGAUAGAAAGUUUGUGGAGGCGGCCAACGUCGCUUUUGACCACGCAGACUACGUGGCAGGCUUACGCUCAGGCAAAGACAGAGUAUAUGAGGACGCGGAUCAUUUUGUUAUUGCGAGAAGAGGCGUUCAUAAAACCGAUACCUAUACAGAGACCGGUGGGUUUAAUUCAAUGGCGGAUACAACUGAGCAUUUGACCAUGACAGCAAUUUCACGGAAUGAGAGAAACAAAGAGGCAGACAGAAAGUUUGGUGCCACAGGGCAUAUACCCACGAAAGCGGUGACGACGCAGGAUGAAAAGAAAAGAACCAUCACUAAAUAUGUUUAUAAUGCUAAGCAUAUAGACCCAGAGUCAGGCGUGGCCUUGCCUUGGUCAUGGUUCCCCGCUAGAAAGCUCGAAUCAAUGAAUCGUGAAGCUCUUGUUUCAUGUAUAGACAUUUUAAAAAUCGAAAGAACCCCGAGUCCAGAGCAGAAACAAAAGGCUGUACCUACAACGCCGGCACCAAUUCCUAUCUCUCCAUGGGGAGCAGGAGGUGUCGCGGCGGGAAAAGCUAAGGUUAAUCCCAGUGUCGAACAAAUAACAAAGGGUAUUGCUGAGUCAAGCGUUUCGGAAUCCAAGAAAGAAGGGAAGCUUCCUGUGAGAAACAACGAAGAAAAUGCUGAGCGCUCGGGGCGAACAGCAACUCAGGGCCGAGAAAAAUCGAGAAGUAGAUCUUCUUCUAAAAGAGCUACCGCUAGACCAAAGAAAUCAUCCACACCUUCGAAAUCUUCAACUGCAACUAAUCCUCCACCAUCUAGGUCAUCUAAAUCUACCCCCCAGAGGUACGACAGGAAAGGAAACCCCAAAUCGGAUGGAGAUUACGUAAAAGAGAACGGCAAACUCAUAAAAAGGUCAUGA